AUGGUAGAAGUUGGUGAGGGCAAUCCAGGUGCCUUUGGAGUCCUGUUACUCGGGAUGUACAGUCAUUCACUCGUCGUUCACUCGUUUCUCACCGGACGCCACCUCGAUAUUUUACGACGGUCAGCCAACAACUCGCCUGCCUGCCUGCCUGCCUGCCGGCUCUCGAACGUUGCAUUUGUUUCCCGUGUCAACGUUUCGUUUCCUCCAACGCUCUCGGCACCAAAACAUCCCGCGCGGCCACCCAGACAAACCGAUCGCUCGCCCAGCCCACCUGUCAACACCAAACACGCUCGCUCAGGCCUUCGCCUCUUUUCCGUUCGGUUUCCAGAGCUUCUGUAUCCAUCACACGCCAUCAAUUUCUCCGACAUCCCGAUGUCUAGCAGUGCGAGUCGCCCCGUAGCGGACCAAUCCAAUUCGACUGCCCUCGCCCUUACCACUGGCGCUCGGACGAUCCCAACCCUGCCAUUCGGUAAACAACUUGCCCACUCGUUCACCUUCAACAUAUUCAACCUGCUCUGGGCGAGACCCGUCUCCGAAGACAAACCCGACAUGCCAUCAAAGAAGGACACCGCCGCUGCUGCGAAGCCUGCGAAUGGCACUGCAACCAAGCGCUUUGAGCUUCCAGCCCUCGACCUGAAGUUUGGCGCGCUGACCGACGGAACGGACAUCCCUCCGCCCCUCCCUUCGCCGAUACGAGAGGAGGCCGUCCCCACGCCGCCAGACACCCCGAAAGAGGCCGUCAAGUCGAAUGGCAACACAACGGCCGCCGCCGCCGCUGCUGCUGCUGCUGCUGCUGCGGCUCCUGUCCCACCCAUCGCGACUACUGCCGGUGUAAAACGCCCGGCCGAAGACAAUCCCGCCUCCCCAACCUUGUCGGCGCGACCCGGAAGCAUACGCCGCCUCUUUAGUCGCGGGCUUUUGAACUCGGCCUAUGUGGAGGGAGAGGGAGUGGAAGCGAGCAAAAGGACAUCGCGGCCUCCUAGCAGGGGCGCCAGCAGUGUGGCCGAUUCUCGGAAAGUGAAGCGGUCGAGUGGCUGGUUUAGCAGAUUCCGGAGCGACAAAGCUCCACUUUCUCCGCCCGCGACAGACGAGAAGAAGCCCACCGGGCCCCCGCCACCAAUGAUCCCGGAACUGACGGAGCUCAAGUCGAGCGACGACGCCAAGGACGAGGAUGGCUUUGGCAGCGAUCUGUUCAAAGACAUCAAAUAA